UAUAUUUGUGUAACUCGGUAAAACUUUGCGAAAGUUUUCCAUUUUUGUUUGUCACUUUGUAGAUUUUGAGAUUACUUUGUUUUGUGUUUGUUUAACUCGGUAAAAAUUUGUCAAAGUUUCAUAUUUCUGUUUGUGUAAAUUUGUUAAAACUUGGAAAACUUUACAUUCCAUUAAGGUUAUACAAGUUUUGAUUAGUUAUACAUCUAAAUUCUUUAACUGCUAGAAAUAAGACAUCAUAGAACUAUCAUUAUUUUCCUUGCACUAUAGGGUUUCUCAGUCUUCAUAGUAGCCACUAACUUUGUUGUUUGUGUUUAUGGUACUUGGUUUGUUAUUUAUGUUCGUAGAACUUGGUGUAACUUAGGAUAACAUUGGUUAAGUAUUAUCUGUUUGUAUAAUUUGGUAAACUUUGUCAUGUCAAAGUUUUUGUUUUUCAUUUGUUAAACUUCAAAAACUUAAAAAGUUCGUCACUGAAUUAAUUUGAUAGAAGUUAUGAUUAAUUGUACAACCAAAAUCUCAAAAUACUAUGACAGUAGGAAUAAGACAACUAUUAAUAUUUUUCUUCCGCACUGUCGUUUGAGAAACCAAACAGAGACAUCAAUAGUAUUGGCGAUAAGGAUUUGGAUCAGAUUUAUAGAACUUCUGAUGAUAUCAUUGCCGCUGCAUUAGCACUUAAUAAAUGGCCUUAGAGUUUUGACUCUUGAUUGACCACCAUUUUUUUGGAAAGAAUCUGAAGAUUGCCCAUUAGGUGAAGAAAGAUGGAAAAGGGAAACUGAGAUGAGAGAAAAUGGGUUGAGAGGAUUGAGAAGAUAGUAGAAAUGAUAAAAUCCUAAAAAUUAAGGCAAUUAUAGUUACCGACUUCGUUUCUGGGUCUGGAAAAAAUAGAAUUUUGGAAGGGAAAAUUUCUGAAAUUUGGGCGGAAAAUUUUUUUACAGCAUUUUUGGGGUCGAAGUUUUACCAAGUUUGUAGUUUUACAAAAAUCUUCAAAGUUUUACUUUUAUAUUUUUGACAUUUUUUUUUUAGUUUUAUUGUACUCUAAAACUUAUAUUAUAGUUAUACCACUUAUAUUUAGUUUCCUACAAUCAUUUCUCAUCAAAUCAUGUUGUAAUAGAAUUAAUUUCGUCGUAUAUAUAAGUUUUGUAAUGUCACAAUGUCAAUACAAAGAAAAAAGGCAUAAAAGAACAAGGUAUUUGCUCUAUUAUAAAUAGUACACAGCUGAGUGAUGACAAUUUUGACUAUAAUUAUUUUGAAUUUAAAUCAGAAAAAUACAAACAAAUAAUAAGCAUAAUACUUGUAAAUAACCAAACAAGUUUAGAAUUUUUUUAUUUUUAAUUUUUUUUUUGUAUUUUAUCAGCUUUACUAAGUUUUACUUAGAUCAUCUUGAAGAAUCAUCUUGAAGAAUAGAUGCAAUUAAUCGUGGUGUGCAUAUCCUUCUGGUUCUCGAAGUUAAACUUUUUUAAGAGCAAGUAUGCACUUUAUGUUUUAAUCGAAAUAAAUCAGAAUUCUUAAUAUUCGGAGCUCACACAUAUCUACAGUUCAAAAUAAUAAUUCCAAACAGUUAUGGUGUGAUGCUCAAUCAACUAAUUCUUUCACAUUUUCUUUAUUUAGAAACCCUUAACCGAUCUCAAUACGCAUACCAUCUUCCAAUUCCAUCACACAUCGAAUUUAAUGUACAAAAUGUGGAAGCUCAACAUAUUCAAAUAUAUCAGCAUUGUCACAAGGUUAUCCAUGCUCUCCAAGUUAUUCAAAACAAUACCUACAUUGUCUUUAUCUCGAAUAACAUUAUUCAAAACAAUACCUACAUUGUCUCUAUCUCGAAUAACAUCUUCCACUGACUCAGUCACCUUAAGCUGUUGUUAUGCUUCUUCAAUUGCUUCUUAGAUUUUACUAACAAUGAAAUAUAACUCAAAUUCAGCCUUUGUACAUGGAUUUAUGGUCAUCUUUCUGCAUAUCCUAUCCGCUAGCAUACAAACUACAUGCGUUUGGAAUCCAUUCAUGACCAUCUCCAGGUUUAUUAUAGUAUCUUUCAUGAUCAAAAUGUAUGUUUGUGAAAGAACUCGUCGUCUCCUAUAAAAAUCAAAAUGAUUAACAAUCAAGUUAAAAUAAGUUGCACGGUUUAACCAAAAUUUUUUACCAAGUUAUACAGUUUUACCAAUAUUAGUUAUACCAAGUUAUACAGUUUAUCCAGUAAAAAUUUUACCUCGUUAUACAGUUUUGCUAGUAAAGUUUUACUUAGUUAUAUAGGUUGUACGAUUAUAGUUAUACAUAACUAUACAUAGUUAUAUUGUUUUGUUCGUACCAAGUUUUACUAGAUUUUCUAAUUCUUUAAAUCAAAAUACUAAUCUAUUAUGAUUAUACUAGUGGUUUUAAUUAUCCAAAUAGAUCGGGACCCAUGCUCAAUUAGUUAAUUAUGAAUACGAAUUUGAAGUUAAAGUUUCUAAUUCUUCACGAAUGAAUUAAUGGAGUAGAUGAAUGCCAAAUUGAAUGGAGGCUGAACAAAUAUGGAUUGGAAAUCUAUAGUUGAGAGAGAAAGGAACAAGAUAGAGUAGGAGAGAGAAUGAUUUUGAUUGGUUUAGCCAAAAAGGGUAAUUUAUACAUUGACAAUGUUUUCGAAGAGUAUGAAAUAAACGAAAAGUAUGUAAUAGUACGACAUAAUGAAUUUUGCCUCAUUAAGAGCAUUUGAGCGUUUCACCCAAUAAAGAUGGGGAACUGUGUUGGCAUAAUACAUAAUAAUAGGUUUUUACUGUAAAUAAUAAUAAGUACUAAGAGUGCAAUUGUGUAAAUUCCCAAAACUCUGAGGGUUUAUAGAAACAAAAGACGGAAGAAGUGUCGGAGGCUGUGUGAGACUUGUAAUAACUUGUUUGCUUCUUCUUCAUAUACAAUUAGCUUUUCUCCGAUCCUCAGCGAAGAAUUGAUUACGAUGGCGAAUGAAAACCCUGAAGUCGUUGUAGCUCCAGUGGUGGAGAAUGGCGGCGCUGACUCCUCCUCCAAGGGGAAAGAGGAACAGUUAGAGUCAGAGCUUUCGAAGAAGCUAGAGAUUACAGAAGAUGCAAACAAUGAGAACGAAGAAGAUGUGGCAGCAGAAGAAGAAGAAGGAAGCAAAGGUGAGACUUCAACGAAGAAGACGAAGAAAAAGAAGAGUAAAAGCAAGUAAGAAGUGUUUUUAUUCUGUCUUUUUCUUUCAAAUCUGCUAGUUUUGGUGUUUGUUGUAGUGAUGGUCUCUUGCUUAAUGUUUGCAGGAAGAAGCCUCAACAGACUGACC